CAUAUACCAACUCCCGCUUUCACUAUUUCCACUCUAAAGACCUCCUGCUAAAUGCUGCACAAAAACUCCCUUGCCUGUCUGAUCCACACCAGGGUAUAUAUCUAUACACAGAUUUAUCAGCUACCACAAUUGUGCGAAGAAGAGAAUUUCUUAAAGUCACCAAGACCCUGCUCAACAACAACGUACCCUACAG